AUGAAAAAGCGGUCAGAUGACACGGAUCUUCUGAUACAGCCACGACAUUCAUCAACGCAGUACUACGACGAUCAUGAUGAAAUCGAUGCGGAAAGUGGAUAUGAGCACAGAAAACCGAAAGCGGCAUUCACACCAUGGCCGCAUGUCUUUAACCUAGUUAACUGUAUAACUGGAGUUUCAGUCCUGGCUAUGCCAUUUGUGUUCCAGCAGUGCGGUAUUCUUUUGGCGACGAUAAUGAUUGCUAUCUGUUCAGUACUGACGAAAUACACAUGCCAUUUUCUCGCCAAGGCAGCCUUUAUAUCGAGUAAACACAGUUACGAAGCUUUGGCGCUGACCGCGUUGGGACCUGCUGGUAGACGCCUUGUUGAACUUUGCUUGUUAUGCUUUCUUGUUUCAUCUAUAGUUGCAUUCCUAGUAGUUAUAGGAGACCUUGGUCCACAUAUUGUAGCCGAUUAUUUGGAAUUGGAGGCACCGACGCAGAGAUUGCGAACACUUGUUAUGGUAGUCGUGAUGCUACUAGUCAUCUUCCCAUUAUGUCUGAUCAAGGAUCUGGGAAAGUUCUCAGUGAUAAGUUCAUUCGCUGUGUUAUUUUAUGCGAUAUUCGUGGUGAGAAUGAUUCUUGAAGCUGUACCUUCGUUGUGGGAUGGAAAGUGGAGCAUUCACGUUGUGUGGUGGCGACCUGAAGGAUUUUUAACCUGUUUGCCAAUUGUAUGCAUGGCAAUGUCGUGUCAAACUCAACUGUUCUGUGUUAUGGAUUGCAUCCGCGACUCGACGGUAUCGCGUGUCGAUGCUGUGGUGUCGGGUGCUAUUAAUUUUUGUUCUGCAAUGUACGCUGGUGUUGGCUUGUUUGGAUAUGUAGCUUUUUUCAUGCGUGACCUCCAUGGUGAUGUGUUGGUAGAGUUGGAAUCGUCAUUCUUCACACAAUUACUAAAAUUGGCGUUCUUAUUAUCGAUAGCUAUCUCCAUACCGCUAAUGUUGUUCCCAGCACGAAUUGCUCUGUUUAAUUUGGUGCUUCGACCGGAGGUCUACAAAAAAGAACUACCUUUUGAUGUUUACGACGACAGCAACUGCGAACUGCCAGUGUCGAAUGCGAUGAGGUUCUCAACAUUCCACGUGCUCACCUUCGUGAUUUUGCUAUUUAAUCUGACUAUUGCGCUAUUAAUUCCUAACGUCGAAUUCGUGCUUGGAUUGACUGGAUCGUUGAUUGGCUCGUUAGUCAGCAUCGUUAUCCCUUCCAUUUUGUAUCUGGCGGUAGCGAAGAACAAAACGCACUACAGUGUGUCAUAUGCCAAGAUUUGCCUCGUGGCUGGAUUGUUUCUUUGGUGUGGUAGCACUUGGGCAACACUACAUGCUGAUAGAUCAGUAAACGUUGCUGAGAAGCCUAUGCCAAAGAUUGGUCCAAUCGACAAACCAGUUCUGAAAACUCUACAAAAACUCGAAGAAAAAGUGUUGGACACAAAUCUCAACAUCUCUGCGAAACUGGACAACAUUGCUGACUUGGCGGCGAUAGGAAAAGACAAAGAAGCAGCCCAUCUUCUUGUGGAGAUGAAAGAGGAACGAAAGAAACAAGAAGAUUUGAUAAGGAAGCAAGAACAGAUCGUGCAGGAACUCAAUAAACAUGUAGAGGAACACGAAAAAGCAAAUAAAAAGUCGGAAGAAAAGGCUAAAAAAGGAGUGGAAGAGAUAAAGAAAGACGUAGAACCAGGUCUCGAAAAGGCUCCCAAGAUAAAGCGGGAAGACAAGAUGGCCAAAAAGGAAGAGGAAACGACUGAAACCAAUAAAGGAAUGAAGAAAACAGAGAAAGGAGUAGAUGAAAAAGAACUGAGAAAGGAAAAAGAGUUCAUGGGACCCGAGAAAGAUGAGGUGAAAGAAUUCGCGAAGGAAGAGGUCAAAGAACCUAUGGGUAAAGAAGUAGUGGAAAGGAAGGAAAAACCUCAAGAAAAUGAUAAAUUUAUGAAGGAAAAGAUCAAAGAUUUCGAGGCUCAGGGAGAGGAAAAAAAGAUUAACCUGAUGGAGGAGAAAAAGGCUCAAAUACACAUGGAAGAACCUAGAGAAAUAAAGGGUGUAAAGGUAGUGAAUCCAGACGCAUCCAUGAAAACCUCAAAAAAUGGAACAGACGUUGUGAAUGGCGUGGAAUCCGUCAAAGAAAAGAUGAAAGAGAAUAUCGAAGUAAAGGGUGUAAAGGUAGUGAAUCCAGAUGAAUCCAUGAAAACUUCAAAAAAUGGAACAGACGUUGCGAAUGGUGCGGAAUCCGUAAAGGAGAAGGUGAAAGAGAAUAUCGAAACGGUUCUUGAAUUUCGAAGCUCCAAUAGUUCAUGGUCUCAUAUAAAAUCUGGAAAGGAAAGUGCAGCACAUAUUGAUGUGUAA